GAGAGUUAAGCGGAGAUGGGUACACCGCCGCCGAUGCAGGUGGACCUCGCGGUCGGCGAAGAGUCCAUGGAGGAUGACGCCGCGGACAUGAUACCGGCAGCUCGAUUCACGAUGCCGGCGCUCGCCGACGCCGUCGUGGAACUUUGGAGAGCGAAGAUGGCUGCCGGGGUCCUCGCUCCGUCACACUUUCAGGACCACUGGCGGCUUAUCGUGCCCAGGAUAUAUUCGCCACAACCCAAUAGGACUUGUUUAGAUUGGUCUUUCGAUGAGGAGAUGGCGUUCAAGCUACUAAUACAGCCUCUGGAGCAGUUUGUCUGGGGAGUAGAAGACAGUUCUCAACCGCCGCCGCCCCGACGGUCAACGUUAUGUGGCCGUGUGUUCAAACAGGGCGAGCCGGCGUACAGUUGUAGGGAGUGUGGCAUGGAUAAUACGUGCGUCCUAUGCGUGGAGUGUUUCAAGGUGUCAGCUCACAGGCACCACAAGUACAAGAUGGGCCAGUCCGGGGGAGGGGGCUGCUGUGACUGCGGGGACACGGAGGCGUGGAAGAAGGACCCCUUCUGUGAACUACACGCGGCUCCGGAGAACGAGGAGCAGGCUCAAGCCAGCAUCAGUCCGGAAGUGCUGGAGCGAAUGAAGAUCGUAGCAUCCGUGUGUUUGUCCUACUGCUUCCGUCUACUCACGCUCGACCACGCGCCCGGACUGCCCAGUGACUUGAUAUUAAAAGAUACUGAAAAAGAUUUACUGCAAAUUCUAGAUCAACCGGAUUGUUACUGUACUGUUCUGUACAACGAUGAAACUCAUACUUUCGAACAGGUGAUAACGACCCUGAACCGCGUAAUGAAAUGCAGCCACCGCGACUCGGUGGAGCUGGUCAGUCUCAUCGACCGCGAGGGGCGCGCGCUCGUCAAGUGUAACUCCUUCCAACUGUGCGAUAAGCUCAAGACGGACAUCGAGAUCCGGCGGUCCAUGUUCGAAAGGUUCACGUCCCGGCACGGGCCCGCGCUGAAGGUGCUCGUGAUGCACGCGCACGUCGUGGCGCACCAGAUCUUCGCGAUGAAGCUGCUCACGUGGCUGCAGAACUUCGUGAGCCAGGAGCAGAGCCUGCGCCUGGUCGUGAGCCAGGUGGCGCUGGCGGAGGGGGCGGGCCCGCCGGGCGUGGCGGCCGGCGUCAUGCAGAACGACUGCCGCAUGUGGAAGGCGGCGCGCGCGGCCUGGCACCGCCUACUCAUCGCCACCACGCUCAUGGACUACUCCACCAAGCGCGCCAUGGCCGUCCUCUUCACCAAGAACUAUGGUUCGAUCCUCAAGGACUUCAUCCGAGACGACCACGACCACUCGUUCUCGAUCUCCUCGCUGUCGGUGCAGCUGUACACCACGCCCACGCUGGCGCACCACCUCAUCGCGCAGCACGACGCGCUCUUCGUGGUCAUGAACACCUUCGUGAGCGAGUGCACGCGCCGCUGCAAUGCCGAGGGUCGUCUCGAAUUCGACAGAAACCACGUUUCGACGGGUUUCAAACGUGCUCAGUUCGUACUUUAUGAUGUUAAGUACCUCUUGGGGUCUGUGCCGACAACUUUUGACGAUGAUCUUCGAAAGGGCUUCCUGCACGGUUUGUCACUGAUGCUCAAUUUGCUAGUGAUGAUGCAGGGCAUGGAUUCCGUUGUGAGACAAGUCGGGCAGCACAUGGAGUACGAACCCGAGUGGGAGUCCGCUUUCAACCUACACGUGAAGCUGGCUCACAGCAUCACUCUGGCCCUUGAGUGGUGCAGCGCAGAGCGCUCCCUCGCCGCCACCGCCUACCGCAUGGCGCUGCGCCGGCACGCGGACACGUGCGCCGCGCGCGCGCACGAGCUGAGGGAGCUGGGCGGCCAGAGCGCGUCGGUGAUCCCGUACGACGUGUCCCGCGAGCCGGUGUCGGUGCACCGGCCUCUGUCCCGGUUCCUGGCCGGCCUGCACCUGCAGCUGCACCGGCACGGCCUGUCCUACCACAGCCGGGAGUUUGACCGCCCCGACGCGCCCAGACCCUCGCCAGAGGAACUCAUCGAGCCGGUGCUGCGCACGAUGGCCAUGAUCGCGCAGGUGCACGCGGGCAUGUGGCGCCGCAACGGGUUCGCGCUGCUCAACCAGCUGUACUUCUACCACAACGUCAAGUGCCGCGCCGAGAUGUUCGACCGCGACGUCGUCAUGCUGCAGAUCGGUGCAUCACUAAUCGAAAGUAAUGAGUUCAUAAUACACGUUCUAAACAAGUUCAACCUUCUCGAAUGGGCAGCGGCUGAUUUCGAGAAGAAGACCAUAGAGGAUGAUACCCUAAGACAUACCAUCAGCAUGGUCGAAGAGUUCCUGAGUCUGCUCAUAACAAUUGUGGGUUCCCGAUACGUGCCCGGAGUAGGCGAGGUGACCGACGAGGACAGAACCAAGAAAGAAAUCAUACAGAUGCUAUGUGUCAAACCUAUGCCUCACUCGGAACUCAACCGCUCCCUUCCCGAGGAUCAGUUGCACGAGACAGGACUCGAAGCGGUGAUCCACGAAGUGGCAGACUUCGUGAAGCCGACGGGUGGUAACAAUCGCGGCGUGUACAAAUUGAAGCCGCACUUGUACGACGAGUACGACACUUUCUUCUACCACUACACCAGAGAGGAGCUGUCUAGGAGUGAGGAGGAACAAAGAAACAGGCGGAAAGCUGCUGGUUUGCCGGAGUGCUGCCCUCCUCCCCCCCUCCCGAAGCUGGCUCCCCCCUUCAGACUGCUCGCCAACCUGCUGCAGUGUGACGCCGCGCUGCACGUGCUGCGGUGCGUGCUGGAGAGGGCGCUAGACUUGCGCGCGAGGUCCUUCUCUGAGCCGCAAGUGCAUAAGGCGCUUCACUUGAUCGGCUACGCGCUGCGCGACGAGGAGAGCGGCCACUACGAGUUCCUGGCGUUCGCCGAGAGCGCGGCGCGGAGCGGGCUGCUGGCGCUGCUGCGGCGCCUCGCCGUCUGCCCGCGCGUGGACGCGCACCGCGCGCUGGCGCGCUGGCUGCUGCAGCGCAUGCGUCUGCUACUCGGACAGAACGACGAAGGCUUUGGAGACAUAGAAAAUAUGGAGACAGACGAGGACGUGAAACCACCAGUGGACAAUACAGCUGAUGCUGAGAAAGCUCGUCGUGCAAAGCUAGCGGCAGAAAGACGCGCGAAAGUGAUGGCACAAAUGAAGGCUCAAAUGAACAACUUCAUAUCCAACAAUGCUACACUGUUCCAAGAGACUACGACUGAGGCGACGGAAGAAGAAAAGAAACAAGAUUUACUACCUUUGUAUCGCGGCGCCGCGUUGGGCGUCUGGGGCGGUGGUGUCAGUGAGCCGCCCAGGGUCUGCAUUAUGUGCCAGGAAGACGCGCGCGUGGAGGCGACGUCGGAACCGCUGGUGCUGGUAGCGUUCGCGCAGCACUCCAGCGUGCUGAGCCGGUGCGGCGCCGGCGGUGAGCCGUGGCGCUGCGCCUGGCCGCCCGCCGGCCUGGGCGCGCAGCCGCACGUGUCGUGCUGCGGCCACGCGCUGCACGCGCGCUGCUGGCGCAAGUACGUGGACGGCGUGCUCGACCGGGAGAAGCUGAGACCCUACCGCAUCCGGCAGCCGGCCGCGUUCGACGUAGAAAAGAAAGAGUAUUUGUGCCCGCUGUGCGAACGACUGUGUAACACGGCGCUGCCAUUGAUACCGGCGCCGGCGUUACCCUCGCGUCCUCCACCGCCUCUCAGCGAGACCGUCUUCAGUGACGCCGUCGACCUCAUACUGAAGCUGAAACACCAGGUGUGCUCGGAGCCCGUGCACGUGUGCUCGGAGUACUGCGAGGACAUGCACUGCCGCGCGCGCGCGCGCAGCGUGGGCGCCGCGUCGUCGUCGGAGGACGAGUCGGCGGACGAGGCGGAGGUGUACGUGUCCACGCACGCCGAGACGCUGCUGCCGCCCGAGCUGCUGGCGCACUUCGGCGCGCCGCCGCCGCCGCUGCACCGCGACACGCAGGCGCUGCUCGAGGACUUCGCCAAGAUGCUCCCAGGAAUUUGUGGACUGUCAGAGUCAGGUGGCAUGGUGUCCGUGGCGGCUUUGUACCGUGCGACCUCGUACACAAUCAUGAGUACCAACGCAGUACUUCAAGCUGAACAUCGACCACUGCUCGGCGAUUUGCCUUCUAGACAUCGAGAUGCGUUACAAGCGCUCAUACGUCUCGCUGCCAUCGUACCUAGUACUUGGCCCUCACCCAGACACAUCUCUCAUCACGCUCUGAGCACAUUAGCUACCCUGGAAAAAACCUCACCCCUGACACAUGAAGUGUUCGGAACUCUAGUCGCCCUAGUCCUAGCCGCUCCGUCCUUAUUUUGCAAAACCGCAGGUCCUGCUCGACCGACCCACUUAGCGAGACAAAUAACAUUAGAAGCUUUUAGAGCGACUCUAACCAGAGCAAUGAUAGCCAUUGACGUCACGUCCUGCACCAGUGAAUCAAUGGACGGCGCCGAACAGACUAUGAAACCAGAUUUUGAGAACCUAUUACCGUUUAUGAAGGAACUUCGAAGAGGAAAACUCGAAACGGAAAAUUUAAGUGCGAAUGAAGUCUGGGAAAGUAUAAAGGGACAGUGCCAUAACUUUUUAAGGUGCUGCUGUCUGUUCUACCACUUCUUGAGUGAUAUUCAGCCGCCCACUGAACUGACGGCCGUCGCAGGAGACACUUGGGAUACGAUGUGCGGAUAUCUAGACCUGCCUAGUACGUUUAAAGAUCUCAUUGACAACCCGUUGGCUAGAAAGAAAGCCCUCGCUUGGUCGGAACUUUCGAGCGACUGGUUUAACGGCGAACUAACUCCCAAAGUAGUCUUAGAGCCCAGUGAACCUCCGCGACUUAUUACAUUACCAGACGACUUUUCAGAGUUAAUGAAUGUCGUUUCUGAGUUUUCAUGCCCAAAUUCUGAAAGAGAAGAUAGUAAGAACCCGACCAUGUGCCUCGUCUGCGGGCAGAUACUGUGCUCGCAGAGUUACUGCUGCCAGAUUGAGAUACGCAAGAGCGGCCGCAGCGGCGGCAAGGAGCUGGUGGGCGCCGUGGUGGCGCACGCGCUGAGCUGCGGAGCCGGCGCCGGCGCCUUCCUGCGCGUGCGCGAGUGCGAGCUGCUGCUGCUGGCGGCGCCCGCGCGCGGGGCCAUGCUGCCCGCGCCCUACCUCGACACCUACGGCGAGACCGACCAGGGCCUGCGGCGCGGCAACCCGCUGCGCCUGUGCCCCGCGCGCUACGAGCAGCUGCGCGCGCUGUGGCUCAGCCACGGCAUCCACGAGCGCAUCGCGCGCGGCCUCGACACCAACAUGCUGGUCACCACCGCCUGGCAGAACAUGUGAGCGCGCCGGCUGCGCUCGCCUCGGACUCCGCUACGUCCCCGCCCGUGACGUCGGACCCGCGGACGUGCGCGUGCGUGUCAUAGCGAGAAGCAAAAGUGAUCGGAUUCGGUGAAUGUUCGUUGUAAUAAUCGACUAAGUUUGGAAUGAUGAGCUGACUCGUAUUCGCCUGUCGAUUUUGACGCAGCUACGGAAAUUAUGCGGCACUAUAAACUAUUUGAAAUUAUAGUUAUAGUUAUUUGACAUGAUUUCAAACAUUUGUAUGUAAAAAAUGAUGUUAGUUAACGAAACCGUCGUCUCGAGUUCUACGUGUAAUCUCAUCGAUAAGAAAAUAGUUUUACUCUCGUUAGGUUUCCGUGGCUGCGUCGAUUUGUGGCAAAAAAUAUAUAUAUAAAUUAUAUAUUAUAUUCAUAUAUUUUAUUCGAUAUUUUUCAUUCAACGCGGUUUUGUAAAGAAAUAUUUGACAGAAAAUCGCACACACAUGUCCCUGUUACCGAGACGAAUAUACAAUUUUGUAGAUCUCUCACGAUUACCAAAUAGUUGAUUUUAUAAAUUUCAAGAUAAUAACGUUGGAUCUGUGAUAAGCCGAGAGGGCUUCUGACGUACACGUGCGUGCGUACUCGUAGUAAAUAUUUUUCAAAGGGUUAGUUUAGACUGUUAGUAUUAAUUUAUUAAUUAAGUCUUGAUUUUUUUUUUAAAUAUCGCCGUUUUAUAAUUAGAUGAAAUAUAAAACUGAGUCGAAUGUCACUUGAAAAGUUUUUUUGGAACCUAAUAUUGUAUUUUGAUAUAAAGUUAAGAUUUAAAAUUUUCGAGUUGCCUGCGUCGUUAAGAUAGUUGUUGCACAGAUUAAUGAAUAGCUGUCAAAUAUUUAAUAUAGUUACAAAAUAUGCAAUAUUUCUCCCUUUUCGUCGUACACGGGAUAUGAAUAAAAUUCAUUAAAGAAGUGAUCUUUGAUUAUUAUUUGUUUAAUAAGAUGCUCUCGAAAAUACGGUUGUAAAUGUGAAAUUAUUAUAAUUAAAUGUAUUUAUAAUAUUUUUGUAAUUAACGUGUGUCUCACGCCGCUGUUAUAUUUUUUUUUUUAAAUUUCGUUUGCAGCUAAAAAAUUAACAUGAAGUUUUUGUUCGUAAAAGAUAUUUUAACGCACAAAGUUCAUCGCUUACAAGUAAUGUGUGAUAAUUGUAAGAUCGAAUACUUUGUCACGUGUUUUCAAAUAAAAUUUAUUGCUUUAUUCGUUUUUAA